AUGAGAAAAGUUAACGUCAAAUCGCAAGCACCAAUGCCAAUGGCUGUCGAAAACCUCAGACUUCGCAGGUGUCAGUGCUCUUCCGAAGCUGGCGGUGUACGAUGCUACAAUGGCUGGUGUGAUGUGCAGGACUUUGGUGGAAAGGUCGGUGCAUGUGCUUUGGUGCGGGUGGGAACUCGACAGCACUUUGCAUGUGUUCGUGUAAAACCAACGAGCGAAGACUCAUGUAAGGUCGAACAAAGAAACGGCGAAACAUUGUUUGGUCUUGGGCGACUGAAUAAUCGCCCCAAGGAAAGUCAGCAUGGAACGCUCAGGGAUCCUAUGCCACAUAUGAAAAGACCCAGGGCAUCUAUUGUUGUGACGUUCUCGGUUGGGUCAACAAUACGGCCGGGCAGGUUUGAUGCCUGCGCCUGGCAAACGAUACGUAAACGAUGCCGACAACGAACCUCGUAA